GCUGCUAAAGCUUCCCGGAAGAGAGAUGGCGGCGGCUGCUUCUUUCCAGUCCAGGACGUUGCACAGUCCAUUAUCUAAAGGAGCCAGCAGUAAAGACGCCUUCUCCUCCACGUCUUACACCUCGUACCCCAGAGGGGACCCGUCCGACCUGCAGGGUCCCCCCAGCCGGCUGCCACUUGCCUAUCCAGAGAGCAACAGCAGAGCUAUAAUGUCAGCCUUAAGGAACCUCCAGGAGAAGAUCCGACAGCUGGAACUAGAGAGGAUAAAAGCUGAGGAUAACCUCAGACUCCUGUCCAAGGAGUCCACGGACUACAAGCAUCAGCUGGAAAAACGGACCCAGUCCACGGACCAUGUCAAAGAUGAUAUGUCCAGGCAGAACAGAGAUCUCUCCAGACAGUUGUCAGCAGCAGAAUCUCGGUGCGGCCUUUUGGAAAAGCAGCUGGAAUACAUGAAGAAAAUGGUGCAAAAUGCGGAAACGGAGAGGAAUUCUGUUCUGGCCAAACAGGUAUCACUCGAAGGAGACCAAGCACUUGAAAAAUCUAACUUACAAGCCAAGCUGGAAAAGUUGGACAAGCUAGAACAAGAAUACCUGAAGCUGACCACCAUGCAAGUGCUGGCGGAGAAUAAAAUCCGUGAUAUAGAGCAGAAGCUGCGAGAAGAGGAACAUCAGCGGAAACUAGUCCAAGAGAAGGCCGCUCAGCUGCAGACGGGUCUAGAGACAAAUCGCAUUCUGCUCAAGUCUUUGACUCCUCCUACAAAGCAGGGGAAGAUAAAGAGGCGCGCGUCACACGGAGAGAAGAAGGCCGACCAUCAGAGCUGCAGCCAUACACAGCCUCACUACAGGCUGAGCCUGGGAGAUGUGCCCUUUGUUGCUGGAAAGUCCACCGCUCCCAGUCACUCUGUGCGGGCCAAUGUCCAACAUGUCCUUCAUCUGAUGAAGCAGCACCAUAAGGUCUUCUGCAAUGACCGGGUUGUGAGCGAUCAGCCUUUAGAACAGAAAGAGAGCAGUGUCCGGUGGACUGAUCAUUUUGUGCCGUCCUCUUCAUCCUACCGGGAGCUAUCGGAGGUUCUGCUCACAUUGGAAGAUGAGUUUGGGCAGAUGAGUUUUGAUCACCAGGAAUUGGUGAAGCAGAUUAAUGAAGCACAUUCCGACCGUCUCAGGGAAGAUCUAGAAGAAGAACUGGAGGUUUUAGUGAGGAGAAUGGAGGCAAAAGCUGACCAGAUAACUAAAGUACGCAAGCACCAAGCCAUGCUUGGAAAAUUAUUAAAGGAAUCAAGGCUGAAAAAGAAAGCGUCUUGUGAAUCCUCCAAAACCAUUCAUAGCGGCAAAGACCAACCAGCUUCCAAACACGACCCCAACAGAACGAGUCCGGGGGAGAAGAGCAGGAAGAGUCUACAGCUACUGAGAGAGAUGCAGACCCUGCAGGGCUCGCUACAGAGGGAUGACGUACACUGGGAGUAACAUGGCUCUUACUGGGAACCACUCGGGGAUAGUGACUGUCCGCAGCUGCCGCACCCCCGCCUCGGAUAUCUCACGAUUGGAUGCUGCCGGAAACGUUAAGUGUCCGUUCAGUAAGAGAAAAGGGGGCGGCAGAAUAAAACCCUCCUUUCUGAUGUCCUGCAGGUGGCGCUCAUACUGACUGUACCUUAUUUAUUAUCAAGCUUGUGAAGCGUUUUGGGUAGCAUUUGAAGUCUUAAGGGUUAAUGAGAGAAUGCUAUUGCACUGCAUACAACCUAGUUAGUAGGUAAGUGCUGGUAGGUAGGUGCUUGGUCAAGGUCUGGCAUGCCCAGAGCUGCAGUUCUGCAACCAAAGGGGUUGUCCAUGGUUAGAAACACAAUGCUGUUUUCCUCCUUUUUCACAGGUUUCGUGCGGUAUUGCCGCUUAGACUCCUGUAGCCCUACAGAGAUGAGCUGCAAUACUAGACACAACCUGAGGACAGGGCUGACGACUUCUGGCUAAACGCUGGCGGGUGAAGACAGUAGCAAUUUGUCACUCAUUCAUGUCCCUGGACACUUAAAGGGGUUAUCCUGGUUCAGAUCUAAACUCGGACAUAUCCCCUUUUUCACCCCUCGGGCCCUUCUGACAUGAGUAUCGGAGCAUUUCAUGCUCCGAUGCUCUCCCAAUUUUCGUAAGAUCCGGUGAUGUACUGGGCUCUCCAUGGGCAUGCUAGACGGAGUCUACCGCCUAGUAGUAAGCACGACACAACUACUUUAAUGUAAACAAUAAAAAUCAUAUAGUACAUGACUAUCUAUUUCUAAAAAACGUAGAACCAGCCCUGUACCUCGCAUGGAUCCAGAGAUCUCCCCAUUUUUUGCUCCAGUUUACUCUGCUAGAUUUAUUUUAAGAUGGCAGCACUGGGGCUAUGCACUUUCUCAGGGAGCGUGUCCUUUCUGCUGCAGCUGGCAGCAGUAGAAGGAUGGAACUGAGCAUGUGCGUCCAUCUCAAUGAGCAGGACAGAGAAAGUAGAAAAAGAACAGACAGCAGGUGGCGCUGUACAGAGAGCUGGUGAGAUAUUCACUAAAAUCUAAAAUGCUUAAUUGCAUGCAAUUACCAAAUUAUUCAGGUCCAGGUGCUGGUUUAAAAAUUGUACAAUAUUUUUGUGGGACAACCCCUUUAAAAGGAAGUUGUGUUGGGGGGAGCAGUUAUACAGAGAGGGGAAUCUUCCCAACCUAUUGGCAGCUUUUAGAGAGAAUGUGUGUCAUUAGAGUGUCAGCUCAGUUGCCUUAUGUACUUGUUUGUGCAUCCAGCAGCCUGUUUUACCUCCGGCCCUUAUAACCAGUAUGGAGAUAGGCCGCCAACAGAGUAGUCUCUAGUGAGGAGUAUGCAGCAGCUCCCGUCCUGACCUCCCAGCACUACCGGGUUUUAUAGCAUUAUAUUGGUUUAUGAUGCUAUGUAACACUUACAGUUCUGGAAUGUAUUGGAUAUUAUACUGUACAGUAAAUUUCAGAACUGUAAGGGUUACAUAGCAUCAUAAAUCAAUAUAAUAUGCGACCGUCCUGCUCUUGCCCCCCCCCCCCCCCCCCUCCUGUGCUGGGAGGUCAGGACGGGAGAUCACAGGCUGCGAGUCGGAUGCGUGGGACUUGCUUGUGUGAAGGGGCCUUAUAGCUGAGGCCAGACCAUUGGAUGGGUACCCCAUGACAUGCACUUAGUAGUUUAGGAUUAUUGGGGCAAUCAUAGAUGCCCUGAUUGAAAGGGGUCAUAAUGAAUGUAAGUGAAUGGAAAACAUUCAAAUCCUGGAAAAAAUCUUUCUGAAUUGUAUAAUUGUAAGGUUUCUGUAAAUGCUGCUGUACUUGCGUCUCUCGGGUGUACAGCGAACAGAAGGUCACUAUUUUUUACAUUAUUAAUACAUUUUCAUGAACACUUUUUGAAGCUUGCUUUGGGCUGGGGUCUCACAUGCAGGUUAGGCCUCAUGCACACGUUUUUGCGGCUCUGAUGUGGACCCAUUCACUUCAAUGGGGCUGCAAAAGAUGUGGACAGCACUCCGCGUGCUAUCCGCAUCCGUUGCUCCGUUCCGUGGCCCCGCAAAAAAAUAUAACAUGUCCUAUUCUUGUCCGUUUUGCGGACAAGAAUAAGCAUUUCUACAAUGGGCCGCCUGUUCCGUUCCGCAAAUUGCGGAAGGCACACUGGCAGCGUCCGUGUUUUGAUGACCACAAAAAACGGAACGGUCGUGUGCAUGAAGCCUUAAGGUACAGAUUUUUAUGCAUUUUUUUUUUUUUUUUUUUUUUAAAGCCAGAACCAGUGUGCAGGUGAAUGCACAUAAGAUCUACACAUGUUUCUGCACCAAAAGCUUCAAUGUCUAAUAGCGGAUUUGAUGCGGUGUAGCCGCAGAUCUCGCCCUUCCAUUGAAAAGGAUGAAAUCUGCAGCUAAAACCGCAAACCUAACGGACAUGCUAUUUCAUUUGAACUGCGCUCGGCAGGUCACUCUCCGAACUGAAACAAUCCGCAAAGUGUGCAUGAGAUUUGAGUAAGGCUUCUUUUACACUGGUGAUUGGAUUGUCCGGCAGGGGAACAGCCUGCCAGAUCUGUACCAAUGUCCGCACACGUGUGCCACCGUAAGUCCACUCUGGCCCCAUUCACUAUAAUGGGGAUGGGUCGGAAAUGCGGCUGCAGCACAGCAAACAUGCCGAGGGGUGGCUGGACAAAAACCACAGCAAUAGUGAAUGGGGCACUUCCUAAUGUAUUGUGAUUGUCCAUAUUGCUUCCUUUGCUGGCUGGAUACAUUUUUCCAUCACAUUAUACACUGCUCGUUUCCAUGGGUUAUGGCCACCGUUGCAGAGCAAAUACAAGGUGGCUGGGAUGGGAGCUGCUGCACGUGUGUGCCUAUGUAUAUUUCCACAGUCCCUGCUGGCGUCUUUUCCUAUAUUGUGCAAGCACGACCACCACUGCUGGAUUACAGGGGUGGUCGUAACCAUGGAAAUGAGCAGUGUAUAAUGUAAUGGAAAAAAAUGAAUCCAGCCAGCAAAGGAGGCUAUAUGGACAAUCACAAUACAUUAGUCAGUGUGCGGCUCUGAAUAUUAACAUUUUAGAUUACAGAUGGAAAUCCCAGUUCAGGUCAGUUGACUUGCAGUCGGGCUGAGAUUUAUGGAUAUAAUAUAGAUGUUAUAAUGCGCCCAUGCUGUGUGAAUAAGGCCUUACUGAUAAAAUCCUGACGUCCUGCUGUAACAUCGUAUGUAUAUUGGCCUACCUGCCUAUGUAUAUGGAUCAUGUGGACUUUACAAAGAUUGUAUAUUUAUAUAAAGUAUAUAGGGGAGAUGAUGUAGUUUUUGGUUGCGGUGCUCUUUUCUCUCCAGAAAUAGCGCCUCUCUUGUCCCAUGUGCGGUGUCGGGUAUUGCAUUCAAUUUAGAGCUGAGCUGUUAGGUCAGACAUCACCUCCUCUGAUCCUCAGCUGUGUCAUGUGACUGACACCAUGAUCGUUUGCAUGCGUCAGAUCGCGGUGUCUAAUAACGAUCUGCCGCCGGCAAACCACUAGACAGCAUGUGGACGAGCGCUGGCAUAGCGAUCUCCUCCGCUAGCGAGCAGGCGAUUGCCGGGAGGGAACGCUUCAGUCUCGACAAUCGUCUGCUCUAUCUGUGAUACAGGCUUCAGUCUGAAACACUUUGGUGCUUUUAUUGUUAUCGCUGAUAGAACGUUCACAUGAUCAGGGAUCCUUCUUCAGUGUCCCGAUAAUGCACUUUUAUAUGAUAAAUCUCAUUGUGUGUCCUGCUUGCACUAUAUAAAUAAACCUAUGUAUGGCUAAA